AUGGCGUGGAUGUUUAGCUCCAAGAUUCCGGGGCUAGCCAAUAUGGACUUUGCAGAUGUGCGAACCAUAAUGGCAAAUGCAGGUUCUUCAUUAAUGGGGAUUGGAACUGCAACUGGGAAAACACGGGCAAGAGAUGCUGCGCUAAAUGCUAUCCAGUCGCCUUUGUUAGAUCUUGGUAUAGAAAGGGCUACUGGAAUUGUUUGGAACAUAACUGGUGGAAGUCAUAUAACCUUGUUUAAGGUUAAUACGGCAGCUGAGGUUAUAUAUGAUCUCGUAAGUAUAACCCUAAUAGCGACAGGAUUUAAACGUCAAGAAGAAACCGAAGGAAGGAACCUUCAGGCAGGUCAGCUAGCACAGGGAGAUACCGGUCUUGGAAACAAUCGGCGACCUUCUUUCAACGAAGGCAGUUCAUUCGACAUCCCGGAGUUCUUGAAGAAGAAAGGACGUUCAGGCUAUCCGAGAGCUUAAAUACUUCUCUGCAUAACGUUUUGGUUCCUGCUUGGUUCCCUUGUGAUUCUCUUUUCCGUUUCUUCCGUUCCGGGCUAUUAACGUGUACAGAAUAUAGCAUGUUAGUAGUUGGUUCCAUAAAAACUAGCUUUGUUUUCUUUCAAUAAGUUGGGAGUAAAAUCUCUUGAAGUUUAGGUUAGUGAAUGGUUUUUAAGUAACAUGUUUGAAUAAAACCUAAGGUAGCUUUGUAUAGAGUGAAAAUUUGAUGAAAAAAGCGAAGA